AUGCCAAUAUGCAUAGAGUGCUGUUACCCUGUUUCCCACCUUUACACCUCGUACAGCAAGGCCGAUGAUCGUGCUUUAGGCAAGGGAGUCCGUUUAACACAAUGUGCACGAUGUCAACGGUUUGCGGAUAAAUACGUCGAACAUGACUUUGUUGUACUUUUCAUCGAUUUAGUUCUAAUAAAGCCGCAGGUCUACAGACACCUGCUAUUUAACAGACUUGGGCGGGAUGAUGAUAAAUUUGAUCGUUCUAUUAUUCGUCUCGGGAUCCUCAUCCUCCUUUUUGACGUCUAUCUCUCCUGGGCGCGCAUCGAGAAGUCUUCCGCAAUCGCCUCCUCACGGCUCGGAAACACUCCAAUAAUAGUACAAUAUGUCUUUUUCCUCACACUGAACGCCCUCGCGACCCUUGCACACCACGUCACAGUUCGAUUCCUGGCCACGAUUCUUGUCCUGAAACCUGCGACACAGUCUCAGAAGGCCCAUGAAGCUCCACAGCGUGCGAAUACUCUCCCAUCCUCGCCGUCUGACGCUUACGCAACUGGAGGUGCCAUACCAACGCAGUUUUCAGCAAAUCCUAGCUCAACAGGUGGAUCAAGCGCUGCUGACCUGGCCCGAUCGUCGUCUGGUAGCGAUACUGUUGGUGACGGGGCUCAGAGUGCUACACCGUUACCUUCUCUCUCGGUGGAAACCGACUUCCCUCCGCCUCUCAGACGAUCGUCCACCGCACCCCCACAAAUACGCCCAAUCCCUCCCCCGGCGCUGGCUAGUCGAAAUGCAAUAAGCACAGCUCUCCUGGUUAGCAGCUGUACCAAGCUUUUCCCGAUACUACUUGUCAUAUGGGGUACGGAUGCGUCUGGGGAAGCUUCAGGUGCAUUGGAUACGUCAUUCCUGCCCACUGGCAGCAGUGAAGGGGAAGCUGCCUUGAAUUCCUCCAUUUGGUCGUCGCAAUCUCUCCAGUCAGUUGUCCAGAGUACGCUCUUGACCCUUGCCCAGCCAUGGUCAUCACUUCUUUUGUCUGUCACAAAUACCCACCUGGUGCUAUUAAAUAAUACCGAGGCUUUGCUUAUUCUCUUGGAUUGUGGCUAUAGUUAUGCCAUUGCGAUGACACUUGGAGGCCAGUUAGCUAGAUGGGCUGUAGAAAGGUGUUUCUUAAGCCUGGUAGGGCUGUAA